GUUCGUUGUUAGUACAUGUGCGCAUGAGCGAGAGAACAGUUACAUUUCAAAUUUUAUACUCGGAUGGUUUUCAUCAGUGCUAACUUUGUCGCUUCAGCUGGUCACGGCGCAUAGCACACGUGUACGUGGAUGUAGGCAUGGUUAUACAUUAUUCAAGUUGGGUUUAUUCGGUUUAAAUCAAGUACAAAGGUGUCGGUUCCGAGUUCACGAAAUUAAUCUACUACACAGUAAUCUUUGAUCCUUCUUAAGUCCACCUGCCACUUAUACUGGAAAUUGACGCAUGCAGCCGCCAUGCUAUCUAAGCUGCUGUCGUCGUUGUGUUUUGUCCUAGGUGCAUCGGCUGCCCUGACUCCGUCUGCUGCAAUACCAUCUACUCCAGCUGGCAAUGUUAGUGCUGCUGUACUUGGCCCAUAUUCGCCGGUGACAACCUCGUCUAGUUCUUCAUCAAGUUCUGCUGCAAGCUCUGCGAUAUCUUUUGCUUCCACCAGCAUCUCAAACGCAUCUACAACUGGUGUUAUCACCGUUCCGCUCUCUAGCUAUUCAUUCACCCUCUAUCCUACGCCUACUCUGAAUCCUCGCCCUCCUAUUUACCCUGCAACUGAUCCUUUGAAUCCCCCCUCUGUCAGCAGUGAUCCGCAAGUCGUACCUGAUUUUGCACCUGCAUGGUCUGCCGCUUACCAGAAGGCAAAAAACCUUAUAUCGGAUUACACCAUCGAAGAAAAGGCCAAUAUCACAACUGGGGUCGGUUGGGCGAACGGGUUGUGUAUUGGCAAUAUCCCACCCAAUAGAAAAUUUCCCGGUUUAUGUCUUGACAAUUCGCCUCUCGCCGUUUUUUUUGUCGACUACGUGACUGCGUUCCCCGCUGGCAUUCAGGUAGCGUCCACCUGGAAUCGUGCUCUGAUGCGUGCUCGUGGCCUGGCUUUGGGCCAGGAGUUCAAGGGCAAGGGCGUCAACCUUGCCCUUGGUCCCAUGAUGAACAUGGGUCGUGUCCCUCAAGGUGGCCGUAACUGGGAGGGUUUCGGUGCAGAUCCUUUCCUGACCGGCGAAUCCGCAUACGAGACAAUUUUAGGCCUGCAAAAUGGCGGAGUACAAGCCACUGCCAAGCACUUUAUCAACUAUGAGCAGGAACACUUCCCAACAUUAGAAUCUUCAAAUGUUGAUGAUCGGACUCAGCAUGAGAUUUACGCGCACCCGUUCUUGCGCAGCGUUAUGGCCGGCGUUUCGUCCGUUAUGUGCAGUUAUAACCUCAUCAACGAAAGUUACGCUUGCAACAACGACAAGAUGCUAAAUGAUAUCUUGAAGCGAGAGUACGGUUUCCAAGGUUUCGUUCAAUCUGACUGGUCGGCGACGAUGUCGACCCUCUCUGCUGUCGCAGGCCUUGACAUGACCAUGCCAGGUGAUAUCACGUUUGACUCCGGCAACUCCUACUUCGGAGGCAACCUGACAAACUACGUGAAUGAUGGGUACAUCAGCGUCGCCCGGUUGGAUGACAUGGCGACGCGCAUCAUCGCUGCUUGGUACUUCCUUCACCAGGACGAGGCCUACCCUACGACGAACUUCAACGCGUUCAAUCCUAAUGACGAAGUGAACAACAAGCAUGUGAACGUGCAGGCUGACCACUAUAAGCUUGUAAGGGAGAUUGGCGCAGCUGGAACGGUCCUUUUGAAAAAUGUAAAUGGGGCGCUGCCAUUGAACAAGCCGAGGAACCUGGUAUUGAUCGGAAGCGAUGCCCGUCCAGGCCAAUUUGGCCCGAACGAGUUCCCAUAUCAAGGUGGAAGUGAUGGGAUUCUGGCUAUGGGCUGGGGAUCUGGGACUGGUUACUUCCCUUACCUUAUUUCGCCUCUCGAGGGUAUCCAGGAGCGUGCUCGCCAGGAUGGGAGCAGCGUGUUCUGGGACUUCGACGACUGGAACACCACUCUGGCUGGUAAUAUGGCAUAUGGGGAGGCUGUUGCUCUCGUUUUCACUAACUCCGACUCUGGCGAGGGUUUCCUCACUGUUGAUGGUAAUCAGGGAGAUCGGAACAACCUUACUGCUUGGCACAACGGUGAUGACCUGAUCCUUGCUGUCGCUGCGCAGAACAACAAUACGAUAGUCGUCGUGAACAGUGUGGGCCCGCUCAUUAUAGAGCCUUGGAUUGAGCACCCUAACAUCACCGCUGUCGUCUGGGCUGGGAUUCAAGGCCAGGAGGCAGGUAAUGCUAUCGCUGACGUACUUUAUGGCGCAUACAACCCUUCUGGAAAACUUCCGUAUACUAUUGCUAAAGAUAUCGUCGAUUAUCCCGCUCAACUCGUCACCAAUGAUCCAGGAAGCGAGAUUGUGAAUAUUGAUUACACGGAGGGGCUAUUCAUCGAUUAUCGCCACUUUGAUCAAGCGAAUAUCACGCCGCGCUUCGAGUUCGGUUUCGGCUUGAGUUACACCACGUUCACAUACUCUGACCUUUGUGUGACUCCAAUUCAGUCAUCGGACACUGAUCAGGAGAAUUUGAUCACUGCUUGGGAGAAUGGGAAGGCUUCGCCCAUCGCUGAAGGAUCUUCCACUGCGCUUUGGCUCCACGAGUCUGCCUUCCGGGUAACUUUCGAGGUCACCAACACUGGACCUGUAUCUGGGACUGAGAUCCCUCAGCUCUAUAUCCACCACCCGUCUUCCGCUGGCGAGCCUCCAUCAGUCCUGAAGGGUUUCACAAACGUCGAAAUCUCGCCGUACGAUACGAAGCAAGUCUCAAUAUCACUCUCGCGCUAUGACUUGUCUAUUUGGGACGUCGUCGCUCAGGGGUGGCGCAAACCUGACGGCCAGAUCUCGUUUUCCAUCGGUGCGAGCAGUAGGGACUUUAGGCUACAGGGCGAUAUUCCUACUUGACGCAGUGCAUGUACUUGUUGUAGUUUUUGCUUUAAUGUAAUACUAGACCUAUCGGCACUGACGUUCCAU